UCAGAAGGUUUCGUUCUCCGAGCAACAUGGAGGAUUAUCGUCCAUCCUUCGGCGAGCCAAGUCAAUGUCGACUCCCAUCAACAAGAUCAUCAUGUUUGUUCCACAACAAGAGGCCUGGGUUGUGGAAAGGAUGGGAAAGUUCUUUCGAAUUCUAGAGCCCGGACUGAAUGUUCUGGUACCCAUUAUUGACAAAGUGAAGUACGUUCAAAGUCUGAAAGAAAUUGCCAUCGAGGUUCCUAAGCAGAGCGCUGUUACAUCUG